CUCUCCUCAAUGUCCUCCUAACCGAUCGCCAAAAUCAAUAAAAAAAGAGCCAUAAAUACGUCCAAUCAAUUGGAUUCGCUGUAUAAAAAAAUAACAAAUUCGGAUUCUCUCAAAUUUUCUCAAAAAAUUUUUUUUUUUUUUCUCUCGCUGUAAUGAUUCGAAUCCCUACAAUCCUUACCGUUUGCACUGCCUAAUUUUUCAUCCGCUCCACUUUCCUCGGGUCCCUUCGAUACCGUCGACUCAUACCUACCGCAGAGGCUACCGGUUGCUUUCUAUUUGAUGGCCUGUCUACAUAAGUCGUCUAUUUCUUCGUUUCCGUGCAAGCGGGUUUGAAGCGUUUCUUGUUACUCUUUCACCUACUUUCUUUCUCGGAAGGUCUCCGUAGUCUGCCAUGGAUCUGAAGCUUUUGAAUGCGCCUGCUUGGUUUGCCAAGCCGUUGGCAAUCGGAGGUCGGAGUGCCACCGCUCCCUUUUCGGUUCCGACGCCGAAAAAGGCCCUAUUUGGGCCGGUUCUUCUGGCAUCGCCGGAGAAGAAGCUCCUUUCAAUCCAAAGAGCGCUUGCCAGUUCGAGGGAGAGGGUGGAUGUCAGCCAAAUGUUAACCUUGGAAAGUAUUAGGCUUGCUUUAAUAAGGCAAGAGGAUAGCAUAAUAUUUGCCCUUUUGGAACGUGCAAAGUAUUGCUAUAAUGCUGAUACAUAUGAUCGUAGUGUGUUCUCAAUGAAUGGAUUUCAUGGUUCUUUAGUUGAGUAUAUGGUCAAAGAAACAGAAAGGCUUCAUGCGAAGGUUGGAAGAUACAAGAGCCCUGAUGAGCAUCCUUUCUUUCCAGAGGAUUUGUCUGAGCCAAUGCUUCCUCCUAUGCAAUAUCCAAAGGUGUUGCAUCAUGCUGCAGAUUCUAUAAAUAUAAACAAGAUAAUAUGGCAAAUGUACUUCAACGAUCUACUUCCCAGAUUAGUAAAAAGUGGAAAUGAUGGAAAUUGUGGAUCAAGUUCUGUUUGUGACACAAUUUGCUUGCAGUCAUUAUCAAAGAGAAUCCAUUAUGGAAAGUUUGUUGCUGAGGCCAAGUUUCUGGAGAACCCUGAUCGGUACCGAACUGCCAUAAAAGCCCAGGAUGGAGAUAAAAUUUUGAAUAUGUUGACAUACGAAUCGGUCGAGAAUGUAGUCAAAGAGAGGGUAGAAACGAAGGCCAAACUUUUUGGGCAGGAGGUGACCGUUGGUACUACUAGUGACAGGAAACACCAACCAGAAUUUAAAAUCAAGCCUAGUUUGGUUGCUGAGCUUUAUGAAAAGUGGAUCAUGCCGCUUACCAAGAAAGUCCAAGUGGAGUACUUGCUAAGGAGGUUAGAUUGAUGAGUUUGUUCAUAAAAAUAAAAUAAAUAAAUAAGAAAAUCAUCAUUAAAUUGAUGACGAGAAAUCAGAAGGAGCUUGUAUGCUUUUUGUUGCUUUCUGGAAAGAAAUAAUUGUGUUCUUUGGUUUUUUUUU